UGCUGUUGAGGGUGGAGAAGCAACGUCUGACAACAUCACCUCAGACAAAAAGAGGUCUUCUCUCUACGGCACCGCACCCAGGUCAAAGAACAAAGAGUUGAGCUACUCAGAGUUGGACCUGCGAAAGCCAAAAAGGUUUGCUACCUUCUCCUUUGGUUUUAAAAAGAGAAGAAAGAAUGAAGAGGGAAUCUCUAAGAGCGUAUUUGGCCUUCAUCGACCUGACAUUGAAGAGCAAGAGGAGACUCCUUCGGACCUCAGUCAGUUGGAGUCGGAUCAGGCCAACAGGAAGUUCAGCAUGUCUCAACCAGAGCUGGAAACCUUCGAUACAUUCGACAUCCCUUCUCCUCCCCCUGUGGCCACAAACCACUCAGAAUCAUAUUUUACUCUCCAAAACCAAUCACAGUCAUCUGGUUCAAGUAUAUUUGACGUACAUAGGGAACCACAGAAAGCACCGAUUGCUACCAUCCCUGAGAUGGAUAAUCUGGGCUCAUUGGAGGAGAAAGAGAACAUUCCUGUUCAUUAUAACUCCGAUCCAUCUGCUCCUAAGACUCUAACAGAAGCCACCUCCGAAAACCAAACCGUACCUAGCCAGCCUUCAAGCUCUGAUCACAAAGCUGUCGCUGGUAACCCCACAAGCAAUGAUUUGAGUGAUAAUGAUAUUCUGCAGCAGUCUAAUACAACAGAAAUCCCUUUCACCGAAUCCCCCAGAGUUACAGUAUCACAUAAUCAACCUGAAGCCCCUGACAUAGCUUCCACGCAAAAUGGCAAACUCUCCCUAGCAGGUGUUGACUCCAAAAUUGACGCUGCAAUUACCGACUCAAUCCCUGUUCCUCACCCUAAAGACUCAGCUGUAGUCACAGAUUUAACUUCUGUCCACCAACAAUUCUCAAUUUCUGGAUCUGAGAAAUCUACUCCUGAAACUGCCUCGAGUGUAAUCACAACUUCAGCUGUUAGUAAGGAAAAUAGUUCUCCUGUCAGCGAAUAUGCUGCUUAUGGAGCUUUGUAUGACUCUCUUUUCCCCCAGAGUUUUACCUCGGAGAUAUUGUCAACCCCUAUAUCAAACCCUCCACCUAAGGUCCAUACUGAGAUUAUUCAUCUUAACACCAAAUCAAAGCCUGUCGUGGUUAAAACGCUUAAUGAAUAUCAGACAGAAACGAUUGAUAUUAACCCCAGAUAUCCACAUUCCUCUCUCAGUUCAGGUUCUGCACCAGUUGACAAUGAUACAAUUCCUUACUCAGAGAUUACCCACACACUUUCAGAGGUGAAAUCAGACAGUUUUAGCCCUAUUCAAGACAAUGUCAGUUCUGUGCCCGAGGUUGAAAGCUCUGCCCCUCCCAUUUCUGAAUGUGUAACAUCCCAAGCGGCAGGCACUCGGGUUACUGCCUCUGAACAGAGAGUGAACCCAUUCAAACAGUUAGUCGAGGACGAAGCAAGCACCGAUCCUGUCAGUCCCGUCAGUCCUUUGCCUGAGAAAAUGAGCGCAUCAAAGCGUCUUGAGAUAAGAAUUGAACCAAGGGAGUCUUUUUGUGCUCCUUCUGGACCAACGGAGGGCUCUGAAGGGCCUUUAAGUCCAGCAUACCUGAGCGUGGGAUCAGAUGAAGGCAGUGGUAUGGAGAUCUACUACAGUGCUGAAGAAGACAACGCAGAGGAGAGCAGGGGAGAAGAGAUGUACACGAUGAAGGAAAGGGGAGAAAUGUCAAUGGAAGACGGGGGGAGAGAGGCUGAGUUUCCACAGCGAGAGGAGAGUGCUGAAAGAUGGAUAAGAAAGAGAGAUGAGGGAGAAUUUCGGGGGUUGAUUGUUAAAGUGCGAAAUGAAGAAAGGAAAGAGAGAGUCAAUAGCCAAAUUGAAGUGGAGAAAAAAGUAGCAGGUCAGAGGCCACAGGCUCAAGUGCAGGACAUUGAAACGUCUACGUUUCUUGUAGGCGGUGAUGCAAGGAGUCAGGAGAAAGGAGUAGCAACCACAGUAUGGCCACAGGUGAGAGAAGAGGGGGAGGAGGAAGGAGAAAAAGAGUUACUUGCCACACAGGUUCAGCAGGUGAAAAUUCCAAUGGUAUGCAACUUUGCUCCACCCUCCACUGAGCUGCAUGGGGAGGGGUCCAGGGGAAACUGGACUGAGGAAUUGGAGAAAGAAGACCACUCUAAUGGGGACAAGCAACUCCUGAGUGAACUGAUGCAGUAUCGGAGUCACAAAGGCAUCAUGAGCUCUGUACAUGCUGAUUCCAGGAUCACAACAGAGGAAGACAUGCUCACACCCAGAUUAAGAGAGGCAGGAGAGCUAGUUUCACUCACUGCGAUGCCACACAAAAUAGUUGAAGUGAGCAAAGAAAGCACAAAAAGCAGCAGUGUCACUACAGCAAGUGCAGACACAGAUACGCCUGCUAGGGUGCAGGUUGUCACAGGUACUUUGACUCGCAGGGCUGAUCUGCAAUCAGAUGCCACGGAGGUUGAACACAAUAGGGUUCUAAAGAGUAGUGAGUGGGUGGAUACAAUUACUCAGAGCACAUACAGAACCAGGACGGGGGAAGAACAGGUGGCAGUCGAGUUGUCAGCCCCGAACGCAGACACACAACGUCCUGCUGCAGAGACACAGACACACACAUCAGAGAAAUACAAGUAUCCGGCAGAAGUGCAACCCGAUCUGAACCAGGG